GGGUUGGAGGGAGUCGGUGCUGCGUGUCCCUCCUGUAGGCAGAAACAAAUUAACAGGGUCGGGUUGUUUCACUUCCCUUCCUUAGACAGGGGCUGGCGGGACAUGUCCCACCCCCUUGUUCAGAAAGCAGUUGCUGUUAGUGGACGUGGGGGUCCCUCCCCUUCAUCAAACCAGGAGGAGUCAGAGUGGCUGUGGUGGUCCGGGGAACAGCUGCAUAUCCAGGAUCGCUCUCUCCCUGAAAAGUGUGGUAUUCUUCCAUCGACUGAGUCCAUAGGAAAGUGUUUGCCAGGAGCUGUUACUCUGCAGAAAUGCUGUGUGUGCAGAUCCAACUCCUGGUUUGUUCCAUGCUGCUAGUUUGCUACAGUUUGGCUGAAGACGAUGCAGCUUUGAGUCAGGACCAAGUGCCCUACUUUCUGAACAAAGGGAUGUUUAUCAUCCAAAGUGAACAUCUCAACCUGUGCAUUAAAGCAGAUACAUUUAGACUUGUUCUUGAAGACUGCAGUCAACUUUCCAAAUAUAUGUUGUGGAAAUGGGUAUCGAAACGUCAUCUUUUCAACGUAGGCAGAAGCACUUGUCUAGGACUGAACAUCAGUAAUGAAGAGCAACCAUUAAGCCUGUUAGAAUGUGAUUCUGCUCAGCAUUCAUUAUGGUGGAACUGUAAUGGAAAGCUCUUGGUUGGUGCAUCAGAAUACAAGCUAGCAGCUGAAAAUGGCAAACACAUUGUGGCAAAAAGAAUCACUAAUCACCAGUGGAAGCAGUACAUGUCCUAUGAUGAAGAUCUUUGUGAACAUCCAUUUCAAGAAACAUAUACCCUGCUGGGAAAUUCUCUUGGUUUCCCUUGUAUUUUUCCAUUUAAAUAUAAGAACAAAUGGUACUACGAAUGCACCAGAGAAAGCAGGGAAUUUUACUGGUGUGCCACAACAAGUCGGUAUGAACAAGAUGAAAAAUGGGGGUUUUGCCCAAAUGCUGAGCCUGGUAGUGAUAUUUUUUGGGAGAAGAACCCUGACACCCAAAUUUUCUAUCAGUUCAAUCUUUUUUCUGUUCUUUCUUGGAAUGAGGCACGUGUUGCAUGUCAGACACAAGGAGGAGAUUUGCUAAGUAUCACAGACAUGGCAGAACAGAGGUAUAUAAGUGAGAAGUUAAGCACUAAAGGAAUUCUGCUAUGGACAGGGCUAAAUAGACUGGAUGAAUCUUCUGGCUGGCAGUGGUCUGAUGGAGCACCACUGGCAUUUGUGAACUGGAGAUCAAAUCUCACCAAUAGAGCACUUGGAGAAAAUGACUGUGUAGUCUUUAAUUCAAAGGCACAGUAUGACUGGCAAAGUUAUAAAUGUGAUUCUGGAUUGCCUUAUGUAUGCAAAAAAUAUGGAAAUAGUACAGAAUAUGAAACAUUUGAUAUAUGGAAGUAUCAUCCUACCCGCUGUAACACUGGCUGGUAUCCCUACAACCGCAACUGCUAUAAACUUCAUAAAGAGGAAAAGAGCUGGAAUGAGGCUUUACUGUCUUGCAAGACUGAUAAUAGCAAUCUCAUUAGUAUAACUUCCUUGGCAGAUGUGGAGUUACUUAUUAACCUUCUUGAAGAUGAAAAUGUAACCGAAACAUGGAUUGGCUUGAACAGUAAUAAAACCCCCGUUAUUUUUCAAUGGUCUGAUGGCUCCUCAGUAACCUACACUAACUGGCACAAACAAGAGCCUAAUAUCUUUCAGAGAACAAGUCAACUUUGUGUUUCAGCACAAGGAUCUGCAGGACACUGGCAAGUUAAAAAUUGUGAGGAUAGAUAUUUUUACAUUUGUAAAAUAGCAGGACAGCUUGAAAAUGACACAUCCAAGAAGGAAUCAGACUGUCCAGAGGGAUGGGAGAGACAUGGUGGAUUUUGUUACAAAAUCGACAAUACCCCUCGAAGUUUUGAACAUGCUUCCAGUGGCUAUUACUGUCCUCCUUCACUUGUAACAGUAACAAACAGAUUUGAACAAGCAUUUAUCAACAGUAUGAUUCGUAGCAUGGUGGAAACUGAUAACACCUAUUUUUGGAUAGCCCUACAAGACCUUAACAAUACAGGAGAAUACUUCUGGCUAACUGCAGAGGGGAAGAAUCAGCGUGUGAGCUAUACAAACUGGAACAAGCAUCAGCCAAGCCAUUCUGGAGGGUGUGUUGUUGUUCGCAGAGGGCAGCCUCUUGGUUACUGGGAGGUGAAAAAUUGUAAAAGCUUCAAAGCUAUGUCAUUGUGUAAGCAAAAAAUUGAAUCAUAUGAAGAAAAUGAGCCUAAUUUUGAAGAACCUUUGGAUGUAUGUUAUCCUGGAUGGGAAUCAGAAUCUAAUCUGCUCAGCUGCUACAAGGUAUUUCACAAUGAGAAAGUUCUGAUGAAAAGAACAUGGGAUGAAGCAGAAGCAUUAUGCCAAGAUCUUGGAGCACAUCUUGCCAGCUUUACCCAUGUGUAUGAAGAGGAUUUUUUGAACAUGUUUUUAAACAAAAUGUUUGAUCGGGCUGAAGAAAGACAAUUCUGGAUUGGAUUUAAUAAAAGAAACCCCUUGUCUGGAGGAACAUGGGUGUGGUCUGAUGGAACUCCUGUUGUAUCUGCAUUUUUAGAGAGCAUAUAUGUUGAAGAUGAUUCAAGAAAUUGUGCUGCAUACAAAGUAAAUAGAACAAUCCUGCCAUUGCAUUGCAAUGGGAAGCGUGAAUGGAUAUGCAAAAUACCAAAAGGUGUUAAGCCAAAGAGUCCACAGUGGUACAUAAAUGAACCACCAUGGUCUUACUAUCAAGGAGCAGAAUACCUCUUUCAUAUUAGUGCUUCAGAGUGGACCAUCUUUGAGUUCAUCUGUGGUUGGCUUCGUGGUGAAAUAGUCACAAUACAAUCCUCUAGUGAACAAGAAUUUAUUCACAGUAGAAUAAAACAGCUAUCAAAAAGUGACAUACGCUGGUGGAUUGGACUGCACUCUGAAGUAUCUAGUGAUGGAUUUCGGUGGAGAGAUGGGUCACCAUUAGUAUAUGAGAACUGGAAUGAAGGAAAAGAAAGAUCUGUGCGCACACAAGGUGAAAGGUGUGGCUUCAUUUCAUCACAGACAGGACUCUGGGGUGAUGAAAACUGUACCAUUUCUCUUCCUUCUAUUUGUAAGCGUAAAACUGUAUGGACAAUAGAGAGAGAAAUUCUAAAAGACCAGAACCAGCAAGGAGAAUGUCCCAAAGGAUGGUUGUACUUUGGAUUCAAGUGCUUUUUGAUACAAAUUCCAAAGGAUCCAGACCAUCUGACGAACUGGUAUUCUGCCCAGUCUUUCUGCAGUGAACAGGAUGGGUCACUAGCUUCUAUUGAAAAUGAAGUAGAACAAGCUUUCAUAACAAUGAAUCUGUUUGGACAGAGGACUAGUGUUUGGAUAGGUCUGCAGAGUGAUGAUUAUGGAAAAUGGGUGAAUGAACAUCCGAAGGUAUAUUCCAAUUGGUCUCCAGUUGAUGUAGUUCAUGGUCAGAGAUAUAACAGUGCUAAUAUUCAAGAACAAGUUCCAUUGUGUACGUUGGUAUCAAAUAACCCUAAUUUUCAUUUUACGGGAAAAUGGUACUUAGAAAGCUGUCAGAAAAAGUAUGGUUUUAUCUGCCAAAAGGCUCAAGAUACGUCCAAACAUGCCAUAGAUGCAUCUGAGAUGUAUCCAGUACCAGAUACAUUAGAAUAUGGAAACAGAACAUAUAAACUAAUACAUGGGAAUAUGACUUGGUUUGCUGCUUUAAAAACUUGCAUGGCAAAUGGAACUGAAUUGGUCAGCAUUACGGACCAUUAUCACCAAGCCUUCCUCACUGUCAUUGUAAACAGACUAGGAUACACCCACUGGAUUGGACUCUCUACCUCAGAUAAUGGGCUUAACUUUGAGUGGUCAGAUGGUACCAAGUCUUUGUUUACCUUUUGGGGAGACGAGGAGUCACAGUCACUGGGCAGCUGUGUUUAUAUUGAUAUCAAUGGGCAGUGGAAAGGUGCUAACUGUGAAAGACUUCUACAAGGAGCAGUUUGUCAUGUGCCAACUGAAAAGAAACUAAUUGAAUACAAAGGCUUAUGCUCAGAAAAAAAUGUCACCUGGAUAAAAUUUAGAAGCAAUUGCUACAGGUUUUCCACAGUUUUUGAGAGUACAAGUUUUGAUACAGCAUAUGAAUUUUGCAAAAAGCAAGGAUCUAAUCUUUUAACUAUUAAAGAGGAAGAUGAAAAUGCUUUUGUUCUGGAAGAAUUGCACCAUUAUGGUGGUUCUGUCCAAAGGAUUUGGUUGAACAAGUUUGUUGUGGACAAUGACACAGUAACAUGGAUUGAUGGUUCUCCCUUAAAUUAUUCAAACUGGGGCAUCAGGGAACCUGACUUAGAUCAUCUCAAAGGGAAUUUUUGUGUUGCUUUGAGGACCACAGAUGGAGUAUGGCAAUUAUCUCCCUGCAGCGAGAAAAAGGGAUUUGUAUGUAAAAUGGAUACAGAUAUCUUUGCAACAGCGCAAACUGUAAAAGCAUCAAACAGUGGUAUCGUAGCUCUAGCUGUAAUGGUGACACUUGUGAUGGUGGCUACUAUUUCUACAUUUCUGUGGUGCCUGUACAAACAGAACAACCAUCUCUUCAACAGAGUUCGAUGGUUCAGAAAUUCAGAUUAUUCACAAAUGAACUCUGAAGAUCUAGCUGCGGAAGAAAGCAUCCUCAUUUCUGAUCUUGAGAGAACUAGUGAAAAUUAGUGGUGCAAGAAGGACUAAAAUAAUUGCAUUUAAUACAUAUAAUACAAAGAAACUCUACAGAAUAGUUCAUUUUAUGAACUAGUUACUAUCUAGGACCAAAUCAUACCUCAGUCUUUUGCAAUGGACAAAAUGAAGAGUGGAAAAGCCAUUCAAAGGAGCAAGUAUCUGUCAAAAAGAAGGGGAGUGAAACCUAAGUAGCAGCUGUAUGUCCCCUCCCUCUGCUCCCAUGGUAGCUUCUCUGCAAUUCUCUCCAAUAAGUCAUCUGCAGAUUUUUAGGGAGCACAAAUGGGCACAGAGGGGUUAGAACCAGGAAACACAUGGUAUUCGCAGCAUCAGCCCAUCAGCAUUAACUUGGGUAGGUUUGCAUUCCAUUCCUGGAAACCCCUGUGGAAAAUAGGUUUGCUGAUUAAGAACAGAUUUUCUUUGAAGCUCUGCUAGGGAUGGAUUGUUCAAGGAUUAUCACUCUCUGUAAUGAUGCAAAAACCAGGAUGUUUGCCUCUUCUGUUCGCACAGAUUCAAGUACACAAUCCUGCUCCCACUGAAGUCAAUAGUAAAUCUCCCAUUGACUUCGGUGGUACAGAGCAAGCCCUGCGAUGGAAACUUGUUCUAAUUUGAUUUUGAUUCAAUACAGUUUAAGUGACCAGCCCUUGGAGAAUCAGUGAGUCUUUCCCUUGUGAGAGAACCUAGAAUUCUCCAUUUGCCUGAAGAUCCUCAGGAUAGGCCCACAGAUCUCAGGACCUUCAAAUCCUCUCAUGCUACAUGGGACAAUUCAACAGAAACCCUGAGGCCUGAAGGCAGCAGAGAUUUUUCACUUAGCUUUGUUCCUUCUGUGUAUUUUGUUGUUUGUUGCAUUUUAUUUUACACAAGAGGCAAAAUCUGGCCAUAAUUAACAUUAAAUUUUUGCCCUGAUUUCAGGAAACUUAAAACAUAAUCAAAUUACUACAAGAAUCUUUUGCUCAAUACCCAGUUUUGUGCAAAGAGAAUGACAUUAGUAUCAUUUUUCAGACAUAGGACUACCCCAUGUAGAUUUCCAGCAUGUGGGGAAGUAGAGCCAUUCUUGGUGGUUUUGCUUGCCUGUUUUGUUUAGGGGUUCUUUGGUUGGUUGGGCUGGGGUUAGUUUUUUGUUAUUUGGUUUAAUUUGUUUGUUUUGCAAAUAUAAAAUUAUGGGUGGGGAGGGAAUUUGGAGUGUCAGAAUUGACCAGUUCAGUCCACCAUUCCUAUCUUAUUGUUAAAUUGAAAUACUUAAAACUUGCCAUGGUGUACAGACUUUGACUUCUUCACAUUGUUAGUAUAAUAACAGGAGUUACUCCAAGUUACCUGUUAAAGAUUAAACUUUGAGAUAACAUACUUGGUGGGGGUGGGGUGGGGGGUUUCUGCAACAAACUAAGCACCUUGCUUUGAUCCUGUUUUUUUAGUUGGUGUCUGUAUGAAGAAACUGAUUAUGAUCAGUUUCACUCAAGCUAUGAUAAAAACUUCCUUUACUUAUCUCUUACAUAAGGAAUUACUGUGACACCACCUAAUUCUCAUAAUUACAAUUAGCACUAGCCCAGGACUAUAAGCGUUGAUUGUGUUUUCUGUUCUUCCUUUAACUUGCUUUUCUUGGAUCACAGGCAUUUUGUAUUAUUCCUAAUCUGAAAAUUUGGUGAACACAUUUUCAUUCUGAUUCAUACUGAUAUUGACAAUUUGUUUCACUGUUAUUCCAGUUGGAAAGUUAAAAUAGUGCACAAAAUGCUCUUCUGUAGUUUUUUCCUCCAAAAUUGUGUUUGAGCCAAUUAAAUCACACCUAUUUCACCAGCUGCAAAUUCAUUCCUUGUGCUUGUGUGGAUUCACCAGAGCUGGUGCAGGGAGGUGUACAUUGCACUUUGCUCUGCCAGCCCAUCCCCUUGGAGGGAAAGAGAGCAGGGGAUUUUCUUCUACCAUGUUGUUUUUAGACUUUCCACUGACUGAAGGCAGACUUAAUUCCUUUGGGGCCUCCAAUGCAUAGCAUCCGUGCAUCUCUAACCACCCUGGCCACAUCUCUUUCUUGACAUGUGCUGUAUAUCAAUGGUACGUCAGCCAGAGGGGAAGCUGUGGUUGCUUUUCACUCUGGUGCUAGUUCCCUCUUCCCCCAGCCUCACACGGUUGGAUUUUCCACCUCUCAAGCUCUGCCAGCACAAACCAGGGCUGAAUUUAGCCCUUAGCUGAAUUUUUUUUCCUUCCUGUCCAUGACAAUCUUAUAAAUCCAUGUUAAUAAAAUCCACAACACACCCACACAGUCACAUACUGACAUAAUGAUUGUCCGACUACACUCUGCACAUUCAGCAACAAGACUCUCAACCUUCUGGUACAAAAACAUAGGUCUCUUCCUGAGCCACAGUGAAACCUCCAUUAGCUGUUAGUAGUAUGGGGGGCAGUAUAACUAACUUGAUAGGCCAGCCCCAUGAAACUUAUGGCCUGAUUCUGAUCUCCUUUACAUCACUAUAAACCAGGAGUAAUCUCAUUUUAAAACUGAGAUCAUAAUCUAACCAUGAUUACAAACACAUAGGCAGGUCUUACUCUAGCCAGUAGAUGGCAGUGGUAUACAUAAGAGCAGCCAACUCAUUUAAAGUUAACUGGUCUUAGAAGUUAAACAGAUAGGGUACUACUUAUAAGGAAUUGUACAGGGUCAGCUCUUACUCCUUUUGAAGUUAAUGCAAGUGUUGCCACUGAUUUUAAUGGGUGCAAGUUUGAACCCUUAGGAUGAUGUUUGCACAUAUAUCAAUUUAAUUUAUAAUUAGAAUCAGUGGGAGGAUGACAAUUUCAUUUUGCGACAACUUCCAAGGUUUCAGAAUUUGUUUUUGUUCCAAACUGAAUUGAAAACAAAAUCAUUUGAAAAUAUUGAGAAGCAAAAUUGUGUCAGAAUGUCCAUUUGGGAUUGAAAAGGUCAAAUUUUAGAUUCCCUUCUCUCUGGUAUUGUUUGGAACAUCCACCUUUGACCUCAAAAAUUUUGCUGUCAAAAACUACAUCCAAAUCUUUACACCUCUGUGAAAUGCUUUAACUUUGAUGAAACAGCAGGUUUUGUUUUGUCAAAAGUGUUCCAACAAGCUCUAUUUAAUAUAAUGACAUUUGUUUUAAGAUAUGUAUACAUUCCUCUUUCUUUUACUUGUUGACUCUCAGCACAGUAUCUUCUUUAUCAAGGCUUUAUGUAUGAAAUGAAAAAUGCAAAAGCAAUUUUUAUCAUCUACUAUUUGUUUCAGUUCUGUUUCACUAGUGAAAGCAGAUUUUAUCCUUCCUCAGAGCUUAUUUAUAAGGAGCUGAGCCUUGAAUAUGCUGAACACCCUCAGUUUCCACUGCCUUUAAGCAGAAAUUGAUGUCAGCCUAGAUUCAGAUCCUAAUUACUUAAUUAAAAAGAGGAAGGGAGUUAAAAGAUACUCUAGAG